GUUAACGUGAAUAUACGCGUUGUACAUCUGUUUGUGAUAUGGAGACAGUUCGGAGGAUGGCUAGUGCCCGACGCAAGUGGAAAAGUAGUGACAUUCAUAUUUGAGUUUCAUUGACAUACUUUUUAAAUCAGUACAAAUGCAGUGUAGUGGUUUAGCGUAUCGAAAAGUGUACAGCAUGACGCAGGGAGCUGAUUCCUUUGGUGAGAGGAAGAAGAAGCCCGAGAAAGAGGCAAUACACUCGGGACAUUUUAUGGUAUCAGAUUUUGAGGCUGAAGCACAAGAUGACGAAUUCAAUGUGGCAGUCGCGUUGCCUGAGGAAGAAAACAAAACGGUUGCUGUUGCCAUUAGCAUUUCGAAUACUGAGACAUUCAUCAGUGCAAAUCGCCAAGAAAAAACGCAACAAGUUUCCAUCGAGACAUCGUUAGCAAAGCUGUUUCAAUGCAUGUCCCUAGCGUAUAGGCAGAAGCUGACAUCGCCGAAAUGGAAUCGUUUCAAGGGGAUUCGUCUUCGCUGGAAGGACAAAAUACGGCUGAACAACGUCAUCUGGCGCUGUUGGCAUAUGCAGUUCAUAAGAAAGCAGAACACACUUGUGUGUCAAUUUGCAUCUCCUCUUGAUGUCGAUACUCACAACAAACCUGAGGCAGUGGUUUUGGAGGGGAAAUACUGGAAGCGUAAACUUGCAGCUGUAACAGCAGAGUACAAGAAAUGGAGGAUGUUCUACAGAAACAGGUUGGCUGGCUGGUCAUCGAAAGAUGGAAACAAUGAGGUGUUGUCAGAGGCAGAUAUCUUUGAUUGGCAGCCGCACAGCAAUGACAGUAUGCAUUCUGUGGGCUCCAUGAUGGUGGAUGAAGACUACAUGGAAUUUAUGAGUGAUACAUUGUUCACCACCAUUUCUGCAAAUCAGCCAUAUGCCUUUCCAGACCAACGUGAAAUUGCACGUGGAGCUGGUCUUGCAGACUUCAUUCAGCCGAGCUUGGUGCAGCUUCAGCCAAAUCUGGAUGACUUCAUGGACACAUUUGAGCCUCUUCAAGAGCUGCUGUCUUAUUCUAAACUGCCAGCUGUGCCUGAGGAGAGUACUACAUCCACAGUGUUCGAUUCUGCAAGCAACACAAGUGGAGUGGAUGUUUUGGCAGAUCCUCUUGCUGGUAUUCCCACUGCCACAUACAGCUCUCAGCAGCAGGAUCCAGUGUUCACCCAAGGGCAGCCUGUCUCGCUGACUGAAAAACCUCCAACAACCAUCCAGGCUUUUUGCAAGCAAGAAGCACAACCACCCAUUCAGCGCCAGGUUAUAACACAGUCUCAGUCACAGCAGCUGCUGGACAAGCCAUUGCCAUAUCAACAACAGCAACGCCAACAGCCACAGUUGCCACUGCCACAGCAGUUGCAGAGGCAUCAACAACAGCAAACUUUAUCUCAGACAACAAGUUACCAACCUGCUCAUCCUCACCAAGUGACAUCACGCUCCAACAGUGUGACAGAUUGUACUCUCUUUGCUGUUCCGAAGGAGAACCAGAUGAAAGCUGUACGCACACGUUCUCGGAGUGGUCCAAACCUGCUUGCUGGUGUAAACAGGCCCUCGCCAUCUGUAGCAACAGUGGCAAUGCCUCAGACCACAUCCCAAGAGGUUCCAGCAGUUGUUGGUGCCAGUCAGGGAUUGCAGCCAUUGCUGUUAGCACAGUUGUUGUCCAACACUCCUUCUGCAAAUACAGUCUUCAACUUUACGGCAACACCAGAAAGGCCAACGCUAGCGGCCCAGGUGCCAACAAAACAAGCUUCAAGCAUAUUGCCGGCCCUGCCUGUACAGCAGCAGUCAUCUCCGGCAACACUGCUUAUAACUACAGCACCCACUCAAGUUGUUCCAACGAUAAGCAUGGUAAGCCCAUGUAAGAACUCACCAUCAGAUUUGAGUUCACCUCUGGGGACUUCACCACUUGGGAGUCCACAAUCUCCACCAUACCGUAGUUCAAGAAGGGACUCGGGACCACCCCCAAAGGAACAUCGCCGUAUGUGCCAUAUAAAUGCAGAGCAGAAGCGACGUUGCAACAUUAAGAAUGGAUUUGACAUGUUGCAUUCUCUCAUACCUCAACUGAAUCAGAACCCAAAUGCAAAGCUUAGUAAGGCAGCAAUGUUGCAGAAAGGUGCGGAAUACAUCCAACAGCUGAGAGCUGAACGGGAUCAGCUGCGAGAGGAGAUGCUGAGUCUCCGCCAGGAAAUAGAGUGCCUCAAUGCAUCAAUUAGCAAUUGUCAGGCGCUGCUUCCAGCUACUGGAGCGCCUGUCUCACGGCAACGAACCAGUAAAAUGAAAGAAAUGUUUGAUGAAUAUGUUCGUAUCAGGACACUAGAGAACUGGAAGUUCUGGAUCUUUAGCAUAUUAUUUGAACCACUUUUGUCAUCAUAUACAGCAGCUGUGAGCACUGCAAGCCUUGAUGAUUUAUACCGCUCCACCUUAUUAUGGGUUGAGCAGCACUGUUCCCUUGUUGAACUCCGACCAGGGGUUCUGAAUUCACUGCGGUACCUGAGUAGAGCAACAGAUAUUCUGACAGACCCUGCACGGUUACCAGAGGAGGCUCGGAGAGCUGUUCUGAAGAGAGACAUGCAUCUCUGACAAAAUGCAUAGCAGUGGAGUGCUGUCAAGCUACUGCAUGGAAGAAUGUAUGUGAGAAGAGACAGUACUUACUCAAGAUACCUGAUUAUUUCCGUUAUUUAUUCACCUGCUUGCUACAUAUCAGCAAAAAGUGGGGGAGAAGUAUGAAAGAAUCAAAGCAAAUGUGCUUGGAGUUUGUUAUGUGUAAAGAAUUCUACUAAUUUUUAGCUGCCUCCAGACUGACCCUCAACAGUAAAAGUCAGCAGUUCAUAAACAGUUUCAUGACUUGUGUUUAUUGCUAUCUGUAUUGGCAUUAGUAACUUCUGUGAGAAGUUUGAAGUAGCCAACAACAUAAUGUGGUUAUGAUGUGAUUGUCUGGUCCGUCUUUAAAGAGUUUUCGUUGAUCAAGUUUCAUUAGCAAGUAUUUGAUAGGAGUGUUUCUGAUGAUUUAGAACUUUUUUUCUCUUAUGAAGGGAACAGUAACUGUCUUUCACUGUUACUUAUAGAAGAUAAAUCAUUAUAUUAUUAGUACUGCAUCACAAUCACAGUAUAAAACUUGUAAGCCAUGGUCAUUAUAUUUUUAUAAUUUUUUUUAAUUAUGUCAAUACCUUGAAUUUUCUUGCAGUGAAAGAAGUUCCACUCUUGAAAUGGCAGAGUUACAUUGCCUUUAAUUUUAUCUGUGCAAAUGAUUGCAUUGCAUAAAUGAUAUGUUAUGGCCUGUCAUUGAUCUCUGUGCCGUGCUGUUCUUUAGGCAUAACAAAAUUAUUUUAACACCAGGCACUACUUUGAUCCAACAUUUAACUAGUUAUUAAUUUUCAUGUUGCCGGAAAUUGUGUAUGGUGUCAUAUUCUGUCAAAUCACAUUUUCAUAAUGCACUUGAAGUAAUUAUAUAAAACUGAAGAACUCAAAGUGGAAGUAAGUUGUUGCAUCUUAGCCUCCUUUAUGCCCAUGCUUUCUGGUUAUAUAAUUUGUGUUCAUGUUGUGCCCAGUCUCCGUUCAUAAUUACAAUAAAUAUGAACUCAAACUUUGAAAUGUACAAAUAAUGGCUCAAUUACUUUUAUAAAUAGGAAUUUUUAAAUAUACAGUGGUUGUAAAUAUAACAGUCUUAAUUAUUGUGUAUUUUUGUUUUGUUUUGAUUUAUAUACUAGUUACCUUCAGUUUUUCUAAUGAGUAAUAAAUGAUGUAUGAUUUUGUUAUAUUUCAAAUGUUUAUAAUGCAAACAAGUCUGCCAGUGCUGUGAUAUCAUGAAGUAGUGAUUAGAAUUUAUCAACAGCAAAAUUUGUUGUGUGGAUGGUUGCUGGUGCAGUGAAGUCAGGCACGUAAUUGAUCUAUACAGUACUCAUUUAUUGCCAGCUUUAUUUACUCCAUAAUGAAAACUGAAAUUUAAAGCAUUAUCUCAAUAACUGUGACAUGCCUCUAUGCCAUUACUUGUAUCUUAAUGUAAUGACUAAAAAAUGUUAAUGUAGAAGUCAGCAAUUAUUAGACAGCCCAUUUUGUCACAAGAUUUAUAAUUCACUUUAACUCUUUAUUGUUUUUCAAGAUGAAAUCACAUGUUUUGAAAUUCCAUGUAGUACUCUCAACG